AUGACCCACUUUCUCGACCGGUUCACGAACAGCGAUGCAGCCUUCUCCCAGUCCCUUGCAGUCCCGAUAGCGACGGUACUGAUAUCCUCGCUGCUAUACUUCACUUUCUCUUCCUCUUCAAGGAAGUACGAACUGGGGUCACUCGCCCAGGCCGUUCCAGGACUAUCUUUCCUGUCCAUUAUGCCUUUCUUCCAUCAGCGUUUCGACUUCCUGGACUGGGGCUUUAACGUUACUGGCCACCAUAUCUUCCGAUUCAAUCUGCUCUGGAACAAAGUUACGGUCGUCUCGGGGGAGGCUGCUCGAGAAGCUAUCUAUACCUACAAAGGUCUGAACCUACUCGAGGCGUUCAAGUUCGUUUCCGGCUCGUUGCCCGUAGUCAAGGACGCAAACCCGGCAGAUCUUGCCAUCGUUCUAAAGCGGUUAAUGGAGCUCCAGCGAAACGAAUCCUUGAGCAACAUGAUUCCUAAACUGGUUGAAGACGUUCGGCAGCACAUGGAGCGUUGGUCCACCAGGGAAAGGAUAGACCCUUUUGACGAAGUCUGCGAGCUCGGGUUUCAUACCUCAGUUAGGGCGCUGGCAGCCAAGGAAAUGGCAGACGACUAUACUUUCAUCCAGAAACUCCGUAAAAUUUACGACGAUCUAGACGACUCUACUACCCCAACGACAGUUCUCUUCCCAUGGCUCCCAUCGCCUUCCAUGAUCAAGAAAGUGUGGUCGGCGAAGAAAGUUUACGACAUUAUUGUGAACGCGAUUAAUGAACGUAGAAUGUCGGGCAUCCGACAGGAUGACACUUUACAAUUACUUUUGGAUCACGACGACAGCAGGUACACCAUUGUUUCGUUUAUCAUGGGCUUCAUCAUCGCUGGCGCUCGAGCUACCGGAGUAACCGCUUCAUGGCUUCUGAUCUAUCUCGGCGGGUACCCUGAGUGGCGCACAAAGGUAGUCGAAGAAAUCGAAGCACUUCUCCAAAACCACUCUUCAAAUCCUUCGUCGGACCCGCUCUCUGCCCGCUUGGCUACCGUUCCCCUUGAGGCAUGGGAGUCCGACAUGCCUAUCUUGGAGUCUGCCAUCCGGGAGGUCACUCGUAUUGCCCAACCCCAUGUCGCAAUGCGACUGAACGAGGGCCCCGACGUUCUCAUCGACAACAAACUCAUCCCGCACGGGUCCUACGUCUUGUACCCUUUCAGCGAUAUCCACCUCGACCCUGACGUCUACCCCGAACCAUGGACCUUUAACCCCGGUCGCACACCACCGACGGACGUCCCUCUCAGUUUCGUCGGCUUUGGCGGCGGCCGAACUGUCUGCGUAGGAAACAGACUAGCCAAGCUUGAACUCAAGCUCAUCGUUGCGAUGUACCUGCUGAGCUACGAUCAUAGCGUGGUGAAGAGGUCUAACAUCAAGGAGCCCGUCUUCCGAGGCGCCGUUCCUAAGCCUAAUUGGAACGAUGGCCUAACUUGCCGGCCUGAGGACAAGUCACAAGACAUGUUCUUUGCCCACUCUAGGACUUCAGUCCAGGUCUAG